AUGGCGACGCGGGCGGGCGGCCUCCCUGCCCGGCACUGGCUGCGGGCGCUGCGCGGGGGAGACCCUCGGCCCGGAGCCCGGGGUUAUUCCAAAGACAGCGAAAGCAGCUGGUUCCGCUCGCUCUUCGUUCACAAGGUGGAUCCCCGAAAAGACGCUCAUUCCAACCUGCUCUCCAAGAAAGAGACCAACCACCUCUACAAGAUCCAAUUCCACAACGUCAAACCCGAAUGCUUGGAUGCCUACAAUAAACUUGCGGAAGAAGUGCUUCCCAAGCUGCAUUCAGACACCGGGUAUCCGUGCGAACUGGUUGGCAACUGGAAUACUUGGUACGGCGACCAGGACCAGGCAGUUCACAUCUGGAGGUUCAUCGGUGGCUACUCCGCCCUCAUGGAAUCCAUGAACAAGCUGAGGGAGAAUCAGGAAUAUUUACGAUUCCGCAAAGAGAGGAGCCAGAUGCUCCAUUCCCGAAGGAAUCAGCUGCUCCUGGAAUUCAGUUUUUGGAAUGAACCCCUGCCCCGCGCCGGGCCCAACAUCUACGAGCUGCGAACGUACAAGUUGAAGGUGAGAUCUCUUGGAAGGUAUCUGUAA